ACAGCUGAGGUAGCUGCCUGCUGCUGUGACUGAGCAUUCAUCGUGCCCCUAGACUAGGGGAAGCGAUAUGCAGCCCUCAACACCCCGUGAACCUCAUCGACUCUCGGCAUCUUGGAUCAUUAUAGAUGGAGAAGGAGAGGAAGUGACUCUUGACCGGCGCAACCAACACAACGGCCUAAGUUUGCGGGAAGAGGAUGGAGGGGACGGGACUUUUACGGUGUUAACUUUGCAUCCUGAUGGAGGGGCUUUGAGGAGUGAGGAUGAACGAAGAGACGGUCCUCUGCUGGACUCGUCUCUCAACCUGAAUGACGGCAGGAUGAUCGAGCUCCCCACAAUGUUGGAAGAGGAAGGUGCAGAUGGUAUGUAUCCAAGCGAUGGAGCAAGGCGUGAGGCCAGUCCCCGUAGGGACACGCCUAGACAAGGAGGGCGUGAGCAGGAGGAGGAGGAGGAGGAGGAGGAGGAGCAGCAGCAGCAGCAGCAGCAGCAAGAGGAAGCGCGUGUCUCACCUAGGGCCUCGUCUAGAGCAGAAGGUCCAUCUCAGCCUCCAACUGAUGAAAGGUCUGAAAAUGGUGGCGAUGGCUGGCGGAAGCGCGCCACGUCGGUGGUCAUGGCUCAUUUCAGGGCUAUCCUCAAAAGCUUCUCGCACCGCGCGUCCUACUGCGGCACGGGCGCUGGCUACAGCAUUGAAGAUAAGCUGCGCAUGGCUUGCCCUUACUUGCGCCGCCAAUCUCGCCAACGCUUGUUGCUGAUCACAACUACAAUACCUUGGGUGUGA